UUGUUGUCAUGACAACUCGGCACGCUGCAGGUGCGUGUUUAUUUCCUCUAUCCAAAACAGAAAAAGAACCAAAAAAAAAAACAUCAAGCUGGUCCCAAAAAUAAAAAAACAUUGAAAUCUUCGAAAACAGACCUUUCUAUCAGCAGCUAAAAAGUUGCUUUGAAAGGAUUUGGAUGGAAGCCGAGGAGGACAAAACGGUUUGUUUGGGGGACUCUGAUGCCACAGACGGACCCGAACACGGACAGCUGGCAGCCUCUGAUGACGCCGUCGCAUUUAUGUCCAGCUUUGACCCCGAGGAGCUGCAGAGGUGUGUGUUCACAGAGUCCUUGGUAGUCUUUUCAGAGAGCGGAAGGGAACUGGGGACAUUUAACGUCACAGUGCAACAUGCCCGAAAGCUUCAGCAGCCCUGCUUGCUGCUUCAUGCUCAAAGCCAUGGAACGAUUGAUGGCGCCCCCUGUGGAACAACAGUGACAACUUACAUAAGCUGUGAGCUGGAAGUUCUGGAAGAAAACUACCAUGAAUAUAUCAAGCUUGAAGGCCACAGUGUGGAUAAUAGGUGUCAUUUGGUGCAGCAGGAUGGGAAGAUGUCCAUCAAUAAAGUCACCACUGUAGAAGAGGAAGUGAAAAAAGAAAGCGCCUCUUAUCCCAUAUCUUCUCUAAACGGGUUGAUCACUGAGGGCUCCAGCCAGCUGCUCAUGCGCCUGAUCACUCUAAGGAGGAGAGUCCCAGAAAAUAUGGCGUUUGUCACCUUGGACAAACAAUUAAACAUUAUCCACACCACAUUUAGUGACCUCGGUGUGAAGCAGAUGGAAGUUGGCGGUGAAGUCAACGAAGUCUUUGGAGUACAAAGGAUGGUUCACUCUGGGAAAAGCAGCCCUGAUACAUGGGAAAACUACUUCCUAACAAAUGGGCAUCUGGUCAUAAGACAUCAGGUUGGAUCCCCAUUCACCAUGAGACUAUUGCAACUGCAAUCACGGACGGAAGGUCCUGGCAAGGUUUCACUGGUGCAGGUGGAGAAUACGGCUGACUUUCUUGAAAGACGGAAGGAACUAAAGGAGGAGUACGCUUUAUACCUACGACAACACCCUGAAAUCCGAGCUCUCAUUUCUGACUUCAUGCAACUUUUGCUACUGCGGAAACCAGAAAACGUCUACCAGUUUGCCAAAGAAUACUUUAGUCUCAAAUGACUCACUGACACAUCAUUUUUUUUUCCUUUUGUUUUUCAGAGCCAUGCUUAUUCAUCAUUUUGAACUUAAAUAGGUAAACUUUUAAGUAUCAGCAAAAAAAAAAUAAAAAUAAAUAAAUAUUAAACUCUCCUCUAAAUAUGCCCUAUGCCAUCUUUAAAUAUUUUUUGUGUGCACUCUAAGACAAACUUAAGGAUCUUUUAGUCAAAUAUAUAAUUUAUUUUCACAUUUUUGAGCAACAUUGAAGCGUUUAUUCCUUUUUUUUAACAACACUGUAUCAACAACACUAUAUCCUUUUUUCUUUACUUUGUUGCCUAUUGUUUUCAUUUAUCGUACCUCUGUAAUACAUGUUACAAAACACCAUAAUUAAAUGGAAAAAUAAUGCACUAUCAUUUCUAUUAUGCCAAACUGAAAGAAACUGAAAUAUUAACAUAGAUACUAUAAAAAUAAAUAGAUAAACAAUGUAA